UUGGCAUACAUUUUGAUGCCUGUCUCUUUAAGAAGUUUGAUAGGCUGUCCUUAUUCAGUGAACUGUCUGUGCUCUGUAGUACACGUCUGUCUCAGUAGUCUGACAAUCUUACAGCCAGCCGUUGAACUGCAAGCUGUGAGUGCUAUAUCAUUGUGUUUGUCAUCAUCUGUCCUGGAGGGUGAGACAAUUGCCAUGGACAUGUGGUCACUAGGCCUUGGCGCUGUGGGUGCCGCCAUCGCCGGCAUAAUACUUGCAAACACUGACUUCUUGCUGACCAAGCCAGCACUUGCUACUCUAGAGUACCUGGAGAAUGCUGACCUCAAAGCCAUAGACAAUGAUGAGAAGACUUUAAAAGCUAAAACUCUCUGGGAGAAAUCUGGUGCGGUAAUCAUGGCUGUACGGCGACCUGGAUGAUUUUUGUGCAGAGAGGAGGCCUCUGAGCUGUCCUCUCUGAAGCCCCAGCUGGAUGAGCUUGGGGUCCCUCUGUUUGCUGUUGUUAAAGAGAACAUAGGUACAGAGAUACAAGACUUUAAGCCUCACUUUGCAGGGGAAAUUUUCCUGGAUGAAAAGCAAGCUUUUUAUGGACCACAGCAGAGGAAGAUGGGUGUGCUUGGUUUCAUCCGCCUGGGAGUUUUGCAAAACUUUAUAAGGGCCUGGAAGUCGGGUUACCAGGGCAACAUGAAUGGAGAGGGUUUCAUCCUAGGAGGGGUGUUUGUCAUCGGAUCUGGCAAACAGGGCAUUCUUCUUGAGCACCGAGAAAAAGAGUUUGGAGAAAAAGUCAGCAACGAGUCUGUUAUGGAAGCUGCAAAGAAAAUUGUGGUAGAAAAGUAGAUGUUUCAAGUUUGUCAUUUGCUGCAAAGUUUGAUCAAAAUAGAAGGAAAAUCCUCCCAUGUUUUUGAAACACAAUCCACUGACGUUAACCUCAUCACACCUGAUUUCUCUUACUAAUGCUGUGAAUAGAGAGAGAGAGCUCAGGUUGGUACACUAAAACAGUGACAAGAUGCCACACAUUUGCUUUUUCAUGUGGCUUUAUUUGAAUUUGGGUGCUUUAGUAUGUGCAAACAAGGAAUGUUGUGUAACUGAGUUAUAAACAUGAGUAAAAUUGUUUUUGCACUUUAUAAAUAGCUUUAGAUGAAACAUUUUAUUGUUUUCCACCUCAUUGGGUUUCUUGGGUUGCCUGCUGCCAUACUUAUGGUUUUUGUUGGUAUGUGUAUUAAUGAUAGUCUGUCUUCAAACUCCAUGUUGAGCGAGCAGAUUUGAGGCAAACACAUGCUUACAUACCCCACUGGGUUCUGAUGGAGGUUGAGGAUUCAAUGAACAAUAAACAUGCCACUACUGCAAUAAAUAA